AUGGCUUUCGUUGCGGAUGAAUUCUUCUCUGACAUGGAUGCGUCAAUUUCCAACGAGUGGGUUGACUUUGAUCAAUUCCUCGAUCUCCCUUCAGGCUACGACGACCAGUCAACUGCCACCACAGUCUCACCUCAGGAUCUGGCUCUCCCUUAUGAGGCAGAUGGGAUGUUCACCUCCCCAUCUGAUUUCAUGCAAUCCUCCCUCGAUACGACCAACUAUGAUCUCCAAGAGUUUAUGGGCAUGGAUGGAGGAGGUUUCAUGCAGGACCCGGCUGCUCCCUUGUUCGAUGAUGCUGCGUUCCUAGGGUACAACCCGUAUGACAGCAGCAAUACAUUCAGGAACUUGGUUGAGGCCCAGGCCGCCGCCGACCCGCGCGUUGCUACUAUCAAGGAGAAGCGUCGCGAGGCAGCGAUUGCGUUGCACCUGCAGCGCCUUUGCGAUGCGACUGCUCUCGACUUGGAUAUGUCCUCCGACUCCAACACCAGCUUCUCAUCCCCAAGCUGGUCAGAAUACCCCAGAGAAUACAUCUGUCGAGGCACCCCUCCAGGAGGCAUGGAGAUGGUUCUCGACUUGAACAUGAACGCCGCAGCCAAUGUGCCUAAGAAACAGAAGCCUCGAUCGCAGGCACAGAAGGAGAACUACAUCAAGGCUCGGAAGUACGGUGCUUGUGAGAAGCACAAGAAGCAGCACAAGCGAUGCAACUGCCUGGAGAAGGCUGCUGCUCGUGUCGCUGCCAGCGACAUUCCUAUGAACGCCGCACUCCAAGAACGGCCGAGGCAGCCGAUGCUCCAAGUGCCGAUCCUCCCGGAGUCGCGCUACUCAGACUCGCCCGGUCACGACCCAUCAUUCAACUCACCUCAAGCGCUUCCAACUGUCAAGGCGACAAGGAAAUUGACAAGUAUCUCAUCUGGUAUCGACCCAUCUGUGGGGCUGCCGUCGAUGGGACUGCCUGUUGCGGUACCAAUCAGCAAGCAGGUUAUCAGAACACAGACUCAAAAGAGUACACCACCGGGACACGAUAUUGUUCAAUCAUCUGGCAAGCCAGCUUUCAAAAGCACCUCGAGUCAAGACAUCGUUCUACUAUCGAGCAGAAAUACUGCGAAGUGCGGAGCUGUUGGACACGACACAGUCCUAUCUGGCAAGACCGUCACAAGCCACUCUUCCGCGGGACACGAGAGAGCCUCCACACAAGACAGGAUCUCAAAGAACACAGAAAGUGGACAACCCCACGAUACAUGCAAUUCAAGUAUGCCUCGGCCAGUUCACGCAGCUGGGGUGUCAUCUGGCAGCUCGAGCUUGCGCUGGCGCGUAUCGACCUCGUCUGUUGGUGUUGUGUAUUCAGAAAGGACCAACGUCAAGACGACAUCGUCGGCGGAUCAUCCAACUACUCGCGAUCGCCACAUUCCAGGCCUUCAUGUAUACCAAACGAGUUCCACCCGCACGACGGAAACACCCGUGGUGCCAGGUACUGUUGCUGGCAACGUUGGAAUGCGCCAUUCCAUGCCCCUCGUGCGCAACUCUGGACUCCAGGUACCGGGACCAGAUCACAAGAGAGUUUCAGAGGGACUUGCCAAGCAACUCGCAAUACUCUCUGGCUUACAGUCAGUGCCAAAGGAUCUACUGGUCUCGGCGACUCGGCGUGGAUCGCCAGGUCUCUUUGGAAACACAUCGCCGCAUACCCUCGAGGUUCGGCCACUGCCCAUCAGCGGAGGUAUUCUUGUUCGGCCCAUUGCUGAAAGUGUUGGCGGCCUGGUUUCCAGUACUGCCCUGGCAUUUGCCGGUGCCUGGAAGUCAUCGCUGUCUCUGGCAGCUGGGGCUGAGGGCGUGGUCUACAAAUGUCUGUCUCUGUUUGGCCGACACCUUGUGUCCGCGAAGAAGGGCUUAUAUCUGGGCGGACUGCGGAACGCUUGGUGCCUAUGA